AUGGUACCUGGAAUUGAUGGAGGUUAUACAGGACCUGACGAUAUUUAUCCUGAAUUGGCUAAAGAGAUAAUAGCUUAUCCAAAUUUGAUAUCAGUACAAAUGGAUCAUCGAUUUCGUGGUAAUCUCGAUCCAUGUGUUCAAGAUUUGUUAGAAACAAUUGAUAUACUUAAGUUAAAUUAUAAUGUUCGACGAGUAGUACUUGUUGCAACUGUUGGAUCACAAACUACUGGUGCAGGUAGUGUUGGUCAAUUAAGUCGAAAAGGCAAAGCAUGUUUAUUUAUUCAUUGUACAGGUGAUGACUGUUUAUCACCAACAUGUUCUCGAGAACUUUAUCAAUUAGCUGGUCAACCAAAAGAGCUUGUUUUAUAUUAUGGAGAUAAUCAUGGUGUUACAAAUCAUCGUUAUCAAGCAAGAGAAAAAAUUAAAGAAUUUGCUCUUCAAUAUUUAUGUAUACCUAUAUACUAA